AUGGAGACCCACGCCAAAGCUGGAAGUCCACGUAAUCUCGCUGAAGAUGACCCACUUGACAAUUUUACUUCAAGUUUGAAUGCCACACCAUCGACUCUAACAUCCCAAACAGUUAUAAAGGGUAGCUUGGAUGCUGUGACUGCAAAUCAAUCCACUAUUGAUAGCCUUCCACCACAUGGGGAACGAGUCCGCAGAGCUGCAACCUCAAGGACAGAGAGAAUAUGGCCUGGUGGAAUCAUCCCUUAUCUAAUACAAGGCAACUUUACUGGCCACCAAAGAGCAAUAUUUAAACAAGCUAUGAGACACUGGGAAAGAUAUACCUGUGUUACAUUUAUAGAAAGAACUGAUGAAGAAAGUUAUAUCGUCUUUACUUACAGAACAUGUGGCUGCUGUUCAUAUGUAGGUCGACGAGGAGGAGGUCCUCAGGCUAUAUCCAUAGGAAAGAACUGUGAUAAGUUUGGCAUUGUGGUCCACGAACUGGGACAUGUGAUUGGAUUUUGGCAUGAACAUACUCGUCCAGACAGGGAUGAACAUGUGACAAUUGUAAGAGAAAACAUACAGCAAGGUCAGGAAUACAACUUCCUUAAGAUGGAACCAGGAGAAGUGAAUUCUUUGGGAGAGACAUAUGAUUUUGACAGUAUCAUGCAUUAUGCCCGGAACACAUUCUCAAGGGGUUUAUACUUUGACACAAUUCGUCCUCGACAACCUCUCAGCCAGAUUCAGAAUAUUGGACAGCGCAUGCGGCUCAGCCGGGGAGAUAUAGCACAGGCAAAGAAGUUAUAUAAGUGCCCAGCAUGUGGGGAAACUUUAAUGGAGUCAAGUGGCAAUUUCUCUGCUCCUGGUUAUCCAAGUGGUUACCCAUCUUACACCCAUUGCAUAUGGAGAAUAUCUGUAACACCUGGAGAAAAGAUAGUCCUGAAUUUCACAGAAAUGGACCUCUUUAAAAGUCGACUAUGCUGGUAUGACUAUAUUGAAAUAAGAGAUGGAUAUUGGAGGAAGGCGCCCUUAUUAGGUAGAUUAUGUGGGGAUCGUAUACCAGAACCAAUAGAAUCCUCUGAUAGCAGGCUAUGGAUUGAAUUUAGAAGUAGCAGUAAUAUCCUGGGUAAAGGAUUCCAUGCUCUUUAUGAAGCUAAAUGUGGAGGCCACAUAAAAAAGGAUAUUGGUCAGAUUCAGUCUCCUAACUAUCCAGAUGAUUAUCGACCUGACAGACAAUGUGAAUGGAAAAUUACAGUCUCAGAAGGAUUUGUGGUUGGCCUUUCUUUCCAAACGUUUGAGUUUGAAACGCAUGACAAUUGCUUAUAUGAUCACCUGCAAAUACGUGAUGGUCCAUCAGAAGAUAGUCCCCUUAUUGGGCAGUUCUGUGGCUAUGAGAAGCCUGAUGACAUUAAAUCUACCUCAAAUAAUCUUUGGAUAAAAUUUUUCUCUGAUUCUUCAGUCAAUAAAGCUGGAUUUUCUGCGAACUUCUUUAAAGAGAUCGAUGAGUGUGCCACACCAGAUAAUGGAGGAUGUGCCCAGCGUUGUGUUAAUACAUUGGGAAGUUACAGAUGUGUCUGUGACCCAGGAUAUGAACUGACUCCGGAUAAGAAAAGCUGUGAAGUUGCAUGUGGCGGUGUUAUCACAAAGCUGGAUGGGACGAUCACUAGCCCUGGUUGGCCUAAUGAAUACCCCACUAAUAAAAACUGUGUGUGGCAGGUGGUGGCUCCAGCGCAGUACAGAAUAUCUCUACAGUUUGAAUUCUUUGAACUUGAAGGCAACGAUGUUUGUAAAUACGAUUAUGUGGAAGUUCGCAGUGUGCUCAAGACGGAUACUAAACUACAUGGAAGAUAUUGUGGAUCUGAGAAACCAGAAGUGGUAACUUCACAGGGCAAUACUAUCCGACUGGAAUUUAAAUCUGACAACACGGUGUCAAAAAGAGGGUUUAAAGUCAACUUCUUCUCUGAUAAGGACGAGUGCUCGAAGGAGAACGGGGGCUGUCAGCAUGAGUGCCUCAAUACUUUAGGCAGCUAUGUGUGCCAGUGCAAAAAUGGCUACAUGCUCCAUGAAAAUGGACACGACUGUAAAGAGGCUGGCUGUGAACACAGAUUCCUAAGUGCAGAAGGAACCGUUUCAAGCCCCAACUAUCCUGAUAAGUACCCCAGUCGAAAAGAGUGCACCUGGGAGAUCUCCACUACAGCAGGUCAUAGAGUCAAACUUGUGUUUAAUGACUUUGAAAUUGAAUUGCACCAGGAAUGUGCCUAUGACCACCUUGAGCUGUAUGACGGACCAACCGGGAAAUCCCCAAUUCUAGGCCGAUUUUGUGGCAGCAGUAAACCCGAACCUAUUAUUGCAUCCACAAAUCAUAUGUUUAUGCGCUUUUAUUCUGAUGCUUCGGUGCAGAGGAAAGGGUUUCAAGCCAAGUACAACACAGAAUGCGGAGGACGACUGAAAGCUGAGAUCCAAACAAAAGAUCUCUUUUCACAUGCCCAGUACGGUGAUAAUAUUUACCCAGUACAAGCCAACUGUGACUGGGUCAUUGUAGCAGAAGAUGGCUAUGGAGUAGAACUGAUCUUUGAGACCUUUGAAAUGGAGGAAGAAUCAGACUGUGGUUAUGACUACAUGGAGAUAUACGAUGGUUAUGACAGUACUGCUCCACGACUAGCUAGAUAUUGUGGCUCGGGGCCCCCAGAAGAAAUAUAUUCAGCUGGAGACUCCAUUAUGAUUCGCUUUCAUACGGACGAUACAAUCAACAAAAAAGGAUUCCAUGCCCGAUACACCAGCACCAAAUUUCAGGACGCUCUACAUAUGAGGAAAUGAUUUGUACACAACUUAGUCACUAAACAUUUACAACAUCAAUGUUAUGGACCUCUGGGAGAUUGAGCUGAUUGCUGUGCAUCUCUCUGAUUAAUGGCUGAACACAGUCUGCAGGAUAUUUGUACCAAUAAGGAUCCAAAUUUUACUAGCAUGCUAUUGUACUGUGCCAAUGUACCAAGGACCAAAUAUCUGCAUCUAAUAGGCCAGCUUAGUUUAUAUUCCUUUAGAGAAGGACUUUUGUUAGGUUCAUAAAGGGGUUGUCCGAGAUAACAAAAAAUUUUAGAGACCCUAAAUUGUCUUAAAGUUAGUCAUACUCAGUCCUUUCUCUAGUGCCAUUCUCUGCUGCACUAGCCCAGUUCUUCUGGUGCUGGUUCUUUAGAAGCAACAUCAGUAAUUUGCUGGAAUACGGCACAUGACCGCUGCAGCCAAUCAGUGUCCUCAACUGUCUACUGCAGAGGCAGUAAUUGGCUGCAGUGUUAAGAUGCCAUAUAGCAGCACGUCAUUGUGCAUGCCACACACUGAUGUGCCAAUUACUGUCCUCCAGCAGGAGAA